CUUUUCUGUUGUCUAACCUAGCAAAGCAGAGAAGCAUGUGGUCGCAGAAGUCGACGAGGAUUUUGGUUGCCGUCUUCUCUCUAUUCUCUUCCCUCCUAUUUUCCUAAUUUGCUCAAAUCCAGAGCUCAUAAUGUUCGGUGGCGGCGGCUCUCGUAUUUCCAACCACUUGCGAGAGUUUAACUGCCUCCACCACCACCCCAAGUUAGGGUUUUGCAGUACCAGAAUCGUCCAGCUCUCUUCUUUCAUCUUCACACCUUCCUCCGUUACUAUUAUCGCCGACAAUUGUAAUAAUCGUCAUUUUCGUCAUCGAUUGCAGCAGGGAAUGGUGUCUUCUUCCAGCCUCCAAUCCAAAUCCUCUGGUGAAAUCCCCAUUAUUCCUGAUCGUUUCAGCCUAGAAGAAGAUGAUCAUCAACUCCCAUCUGAAGGGUUGUCUCCUAUGGCAGGAGGAAUAGUAGCACUUGGAAAGUUUGAUGCUCUUCACAUUGGUCAUCGAGAACUUGCUAUUCAAGCAUCAAAAGUUGGAACUCCAUAUCUUUUAUCUUUUGUAGGAAUAGCAGAAGUACUUGGAUGGGAGCCUAGGGCUCCAGUGGUCGCUAAAUGUGAUCGGAGUAGGGUUCUUACCUCUUGGGCCCCAUACUGUGAUAAUGUUGCCCCAUCAGAGUUCGAUAUUGAUUUUUCAAGUGUUCGACAUCUCAACCCACGACAGUUUGUUGAGAAGUUAUCUAAGGAGCUCAGAGUAUGUGGAGUGGUGGCGGGGGAAAACUACCGGUUUGGAUAUAAAGCUGCUGGUGAUGCAUCCGAGCUUUUGAGGCUGUGUGAAGAGUAUGGUAUGCGGGCUUACAUUAUAAAUUCUGUUAUGGACAAGAAUAAAGAUCCUGGAAACACUGACUCGAAUGAUCUAAAGGAUAGAGGACAAGUCUCAUCCACCCGUGUUCGCCAUGCUUUAGCUCUAGGUGAUAUGAAAUAUGUGUCGGAACUUCUAGGUCGUAGACAUCGUCUCAUGUUAAUGCUAAAAGAACAGAGAGGAUUUAUGAACACUAGUGGUAGAUGGAAGGCCUCAAUUCCAAAGUCUUGUUUAUUGAAUCUUCCACCAAAGGAUGGUUUCUACAAGAACUGUUUUCUUUUAUUUGGUGAUGAGAACCCGGUGAAAUGUAGUGUAUUCAUUGAUUCCACAUAUAUCCAUUUAGAAACAGAUGAGGUAGGUCUUAGUAAUUACAAUGGUUCUCAAGACUUCCAGCUCUUGGGUGUUGAAUUUGGUCUUUGAGGAACUCAUUGUGCUUAAUUUAUUUGUUCUCAAUUUUGCUUUCAUUAAAUCGAAGCAGUUCAUGGAGAAGCUUCAUCAAUGCCUCAAAGAAUGAUGUACACGAGUUGAAUCUCAUAGUAAAUUGUACCUCAAUACAUAUUGAACUUUGUU